GCCCCGAUCCGUCCGCCAGGCCUGACUCUGUGCCGCUCGGCCUUUCUCCCCCAGCGCCCCGGGUCUGUCUCAGCCCCAGCCCCCCGGGUCUCUGUCUCAGCCCGCCACAUCCGCGCCCUUCGCCCUUUCCUCCGGUACCCGGCCCCCCGUCCGAUGCGCCCCCCCCCCGCUCUUUCCCCGCUCUCCAACACUCGCUCCCCCAGCCCGGUGCUGUCUCCCCCUGGCUACCCCCGGUCCUUUCCCCUCCGUCCCAAUAUCGGGUGCUGGAACCUGGUCUCCCCACUUUCCCGUACCCUGGCUCCGCCCCUACCGAGCCCCUCCAUUUUGUGGCCUCACCCCCGUCACACCCUGCCCCCACCCUCUGGGCCCCCCCAGCUCCCCCCUCCCCCACCGCCUCCUUGGCUCGCCCUCCCCGAGGCGGGCCCCAGGCUGGGCCGGGACGGGCUUCCUGGGAGAGGGGAGCUGUCUGCGCUGUCGCUGGCCACCUGCCAGCCCAGCCUGGGACAAGCAGCAGCGGCGGCGGCCAGGCUGUGCCCCAGAGCAGGACUGCGGGCCCUCCAGCCCGCGUUCGCAGCCUCGGCCCGCCGGGCCCGGCCGCCUGCACGGGGAGGGGCUUUCCGCGCCGUGAGCGGGCUCCCCCCUGCGAGGCGCCGGGGCCACAGGCAGCGCCGGCCCCCACCUAGGAGGUGGGAGGCCCGGGCCUUAGCCUGCUACGGAGAGCUGAGGGCCUUGGGGGGGCCGGUCUGGAGGACGGCCGCGUGGCCUCAUAGCUGGGCGCCCUUGGGCCAGUCACUCCCAGCUCAGGUUCCUCAACUGGAAAAGAAUAGCAGCCCCUCCCCCCCUUCAGAUGAGGUGCCAGCUGGGAGAAGCUUUGCCCAGCGCCCGCAUUACAAGCGCUUAUGAACGCUGGUGCCCUUUGUCUUCUCCUUCGCGCGUGCAUCCCAGCGCCCCCCACUCUGGGGCCGUCCUCGGGCCGCCGGCCGAGCCCUCCCGGCGCCGUCACGCAGUCUCCCGGGCCCUCACACGCCUCUGUCC